CGGAGCGCGGGGCAGUUACUUCCGGGAUCAUGGGCUGAGGACUUGCCAGCGCCGAGGAUGGUGGGCUCUACUGCCGGCAGCAUGCUGCGAGCCGCUUGGAGGCGGGCGGCAUUGGCUGCUACCGCUGUGGCCCGGUCGAGGUUCACGGCGCCCACCCGGGGAUUGCGCCUGCGCGUUGUAGAUCAUGCUCUCCAUUCGGCUGUUCCCUCCGGGGCAGUGCUACGACCUCUCUACAUGGAUGUGCAAGCUACUACUCCUCUGGACCCCCGAGUGCUUGAUGCCAUGCUCCCGUACCUUGUGAACUACUAUGGGAACCCACAUUCUCGGACUCAUGCAUAUGGCUGGGAGACUGAGGCAGCCAUGGAACAUGCCCGCCAGCAAGUAGCAACUCUGAUUGGAGCUGACCCUCGAGAGAUCAUUUUCACAAGUGGAGCUACUGAGUCCAACAACAUAGCCAUUAAGGGAGUGGCCAGGUUCUACAGGUCACGGAAAAAGCACGUGGUUACCACCCAGACUGAACACAAGUGUGUGCUGGACUCCUGCCGCUCACUGGAGGCUGAGGGCUUUCGGGUCACCUACCUCCCGGUGCAGAAGAGCGGGAUCAUUGACUUAAAGGAACUAGAGGCUGCCAUCCAGCCAGAUACCAGCCUGGUAUCAGUGAUGACUGUGAACAAUGAGAUUGGUGUCAAGCAGCCCAUUGCCGAAAUAGGGCGGAUUUGCAGUUCCAGAAAGGUGUAUUUCCAUACCGAUGCAGCCCAAGCUGUUGGGAAAAUCCCACUCGAUGUCAAUGACAUGAAAAUCGAUCUCAUGAGCAUCAGCGGUCACAAACUCUAUGGUCCUAAAGGGGUUGGCGCUAUCUACAUCCGCCGCAGACCCCGUGUGCGCGUGGAGGCCCUACAGAGUGGAGGCGGGCAGGAGCGGGGUAUGCGGUCGGGGACAGUGCCCACACCCUUGGUGGUAGGGCUGGGAGCAGCAUGUGAGUUGGCGCAGCAGGAGAUGGAGUACGACCAUAAGCGGAUCUCCAAGUUAGCAGAACGGCUGAUACAGAAGAUAAUGAGCAGCCUUCCAGAUGUGGUGAUGAAUGGGGACCCCCAACAGCACUAUCCUGGCUGUAUCAACCUCUCCUUUGCAUAUGUGGAAGGGGAGAGUCUGCUGAUGGCACUCAAGGAUGUCGCCUUGUCCUCCGGGAGUGCCUGCACUUCUGCAUCACUGGAGCCCUCUUACGUCCUCAGAGCAAUCGGUACUGAUGAGGAUUUAGCACACUCUUCUAUCAGGUUUGGCAUUGGCCGCUUCACUACAGAACAGGAAGUAGACUACACUGUGGAGAAAUGCAUUCAUCAUGUGAAACGCCUCCGAGAAAUGAGUCCCCUCUGGGAGAUGGUGCAGGAUGGCAUUGACCUCAAGAGCAUCAAGUGGACCCAACAUUAGAAGAGUGGGCCUGUGACUGUGUGCUGACCUGGCCUUUCCUUCCUCAUUGACCCAUGCUCAGCCAGGAACCUUGUUAUCACCUGCUGGGUGGUCCAUGAUGAAACCAGAGCUGGAAUAGCCCAGUUGACUUCACCACAGAACAUCUGCAACUAAGAAAUUCUAGGAAGUAUCUUUCUGAGCCUCCUUUGUAGGGAGAUAUUUCCUGUUCCUGCCCAGGAGCUCUUCUCUACUGUUUAGUGUGUGGACAUUCUUAGCUGAGGGCCUAGAGGCACUGCUGCGCCCCUCCCCCCCCACACCUACCCUGGGGAGGAAGAAGAACCGGAAGGAGGCUCUCCAGGUUCGAAGGCUGCUUCUCUGUGUAGACAUUGGGAUCAUCGCUCUGCUGCUCAGCUGGACUGGCACCAUUAGCAACUAGCAUAAAUAAACUUUAUUUUAACCUUUUCCUGUGGCGUCAAAAGACAUCUCUUUAUAUUGACUGCAGCCAAAGCGGCAAGUUUUAUUAAAGGCUUCUUUCCUUUAUGUU